AUUUUAAUCUUGAUUGGAAGACGAGAAAAAGUUAAGACACAAAGCAGUCAUUAGAAAAAGUGAAUUUUGAAAAUACAAUUAAAAGUGAUAUUGAAAAGAAAUAAUAAAUUUUGAAUAAGUAAAAUGGAAGGAGCAGUGAAAGCUGAAGUAAAUGGCAGUGGUCCAUUGCCACAAAGGCCUCAAAAAAAUCAAGGCGGUGGCAACAAGAAUUUCAAUAAGCCUCAAAAUGAAGGUGGUCCUGCUGAAAAGAAGCCACGUUUUAACCAAGGAGGUGGUGGUAAUAACAAUCAGGGCAAUAGAGGAGGCUUUGGAAAUAAUCGUAAUAACAAUAACCGCAAUCGUGGAGGAAACGCUGGUGGUGGCGGCAAUAAUAGAGGAAAUUUCCAGAAUCAGCAGCAAAAUCAACAACAACCACAAAAUAAUCAACAGCAAGCUGCCGCUCAACAACCGGCAUCAGAUGCUAAACCUGAAGUCGCAGCUAAAACAGAGGCCAAUGCUAAUGUUGAGGUAAAAAAUGCGCCCCCUAAUAACCAACAGCCACAACAAAAUCAGCAAAAUCAAAAUCAUAACAAUAUGAACAAACAGGGUGGCGGCGGAAUGGGUGGUGGUGACGGUGGCCGUGGAAUGGGAGGUGGCGGAGGUGGAAAUCGUGACAACCGUGAUCGUGGCCAAAAACGCGAUCGUAACUUUGACGGUCCUCGUGGAGGAGGUGGCCGUGAUGGUCCCAGAGGAAUGGGAGAUGGAGGUAACCGAGGCGGACCUGGACGCAAUGAUGAGUUCUUCAUUAACCAACGUUUGCGUUCUAUAUCUGGCCCAACUCACGAACUACCACCAAUUGAGAGCACAGAGGAAACUAAAUUCUCUGGCCGUAAUCGUCUUUACGUUGGCAAUCUGACCAACGAUGUCUCCGAGGAAGAUUUACGUGAGCUAUUCAAACCAUACGGUGAAAUUGGAGAAGUUUUCAGCAAUCCCGAAAAGAAUUUUGCUUUCUUAAAAAUGGAUUUCCAUGUAAAUGCUGAGCGUGCAAAGCGCGAGUUAGAUGGCACUCUACGCAAGGGGCGUAUGUUACGUGUUCGCUAUGCUCCUAAUGCCACUAUUUUACGCGUCAGCAACCUGACACCAUUUGUGUCCAAUGAAUUGCUGUUGAAGUCAUUCGAAGUAUUUGGCCCCGUCGAGAGAGCUUGUGUCACCGUUGAUGAUCGCGGAAAAUCUACCGGGGAGGGUGUUGUUGAGUUUGCCAAAAAAUCAUCGGCCAAUGUCUGCUUGCGUUUCUGCAGUGAAAAGUGUUUCUUCCUCACUGCCUCCCUGAGGCCAUGUGUGGUUGAGCCGUUGGAAGCAAAUGAAGAUACUGACGGGUUACCCGAUAAGUCUUUAAAUAAAAAAUUACCAGAAUUCAACCACGAACGUAAUGUUGGUCCACGGUUUGCUGAAGUCGGUAGUUUUGAACACGAAUACGGCACCAGGUGGAAGCAAUUGCAUGAAUUGUUCAAGACCAAACAGGAGGCAUUGAAACGCGAAUUAAAAAUGGAGGAAGAAAAAUUGGAAGCUCAAAUGGAAUAUGCUCGGUAUGAGCACGAGACAGAACUUCUCAGACAAGAAUUACGCAAGCGCGAAUCUGAUAAUGAACGCAAGAAAAUGGAAUGGGAAAUGCGUGAGAAACAAGCCGAGGAAUUACGCAAACGUGAUGAAGAGCAAAUGCAUCGCCAGCAAACUGAAAUGCAAACCCGCAUGUUGCGCCAAGAGGAGGAAAUGCGUCGCCGCCAACAAGAAAAUACUUUGUUUAUGCAAGCCCAACAAUUGAAUUCGUUGUUGGAUCAACAAGAGGGUGGCUUCAGUGGAAAUUGUAGCAAUUUCGAUAACUUUGGCGGUGGCAACAACUCGCCUUUCGAUUUCCGCGGCAACAAUGCUGGUAAUAGCGGCAAUAAUGGUCCCAACGGACCUAAUAACCAACAGGAUUUCGGAUUUGAUUUCGGUGGUAACCAAAACCAAGGUGGUCCUGAUGGUGGCAAUCAACGUGGUGGCAAUCAACGUGGUGGAAAUAAUAAUAAUAAUAACAAUAAUAACGGCGGUGGUAACAACAACCCCUGGGAACGCCGAAGACGUUUUUGAGAUGAAAUGAAUGAUGAUGAACCACAGAUGUUGUUAAACUAAUGGAAACAAAAUUUUAAAGACACAAACAAUGAAACAAAUACAUUGAACGUUUAGCAAACUAUUUUCGGAGAGCAAUUGAUGUUCAAUAUUUUGACAUGCAAUUUUAAUGAAAAAAGAAAAACAAACGCUCCUUUAGACAACAUAAAAAAAUAACAAAACUAUUUCACAACUCUCUUAUUAAGAACAACAAUUACAAUUACAAAAUUUAAACAUCUUUACAACACUGCCUGCUGUCCUACCUACCUCUACCCCAUCGCCCAUUAACGAUCUCUUAUUAUGGAAGGGAGAUAGAUUGUGGCUGGUGAGCGGUAGUGUGUUUGUGUAGAGUGGUGGCGGUAGAAUUAACGUGAAUGUUAUUUCACUUUCACAAACAUAUUUGCAAAACUGAAUUUGCUUAAAAUAAUUAUAGUAUUUUAGUAUUUAGGAUAAUUUAAUUUUGAUAAUUAUUUCAAAGACUAUUAAUCCCAUUAGAAAAAUAAACGGUGGUGGUUGGUGGCUGGUUAAUCAGUUGCUGCGUUUUCGUACUGUGUACAAAAGCGUAUAUAGAAGAAAAAGCAUCAACACCACCAACCACCUCCUGCCAAAUUUUUUAUCCAGAUUAUGUGUGACAUUAUCAAAUGUACUCUAGUUUAUUUUCUGUAUACCGUUUCGAUUGCGAUGGCAUUCUGGGAUUCCAUGUUAACAUCUAUUGGAAGGAAGAACCCCAGUUUAGUAUUCUCGUAUAUUACUAUAUUUUUGGAAUGUCAUCUCUAUAGAUCAAAAUAUAAUUCUUGCAAACCAACAAAAAUAUCAUUUUUAUAAGAAUAAUACACAAUACGUAUUUAUAAAUGUGUAUAAAUUAAUAAUUCUACUACAACUUUUACGAUAGUAAUACAUAACAUUUAAAAUCUCUUUUUAGUUUUAAGUAUUCUAAAAACACAAAAUUUGAAGAACAAAAACUAAAUUUUAUUUUUGAAUCCAACAUUGUUUGGUACAAAAAUUGUAGAAAAGCAACAAACAAUUGGUUUUUACAUACAUACAUAUUUAAUAACACUGGAUUCUUGAGCAUCUUAUAGCUUGCCUAGAUUGUGUUGGAAAAUAUAUGUGUAUUUUUCUCUUUCUGUAUUUUUUUUUUGGACUGUAUACUUUUUAAGAACACUGUCAUUUGUGUAAAAAUUUAAUUUUAAUUGGUAGACAUUUAUUCAAACAACAUGUCUUAGCUAUAAACAACAUAUUUAUAUUAAACAAAAUAACAAACAUGAUUUACUCAAAAUUAUAUGAGUAUUUUAAAAUAAAUAAUACAAA